GCGUCACGACGCAGGGGCACGCUGACGCUGUCGGUUGUCAGGGGCUGCUGGUCUGUUUUGGCUCGACGCCAUGACUCCGAGUCUCCGGUCCUCUGCUGCCUUUCGCAUCUCGAUCGGCGUCACCCAGCGCAGCAAGUAUGGCCAUGUCCUGCUCCCGGCCGCAGUCGGAAAUGAAGGAUUUGAGCGAGGCCGGCGAGCGGCAGGAGAGAGGAGUCCAGACGGAGUGCACUGCCAGAGGCCUGAGUCCUAGGCUUUCGAAAGUAAACCUUUUCACUCUCCUUAGUCUGUGGAUGGAGCUUUUUCCAAAUUACAAGCAAAAGGCAACUCAGGUUACUCACCGUUCCCGUCUACUCGACCCCCCGGGUCUGUCUCCUCCACCGCCGCCAUUGUGGAGCUCAUCGAAACAUGGUGCCCACCGUGGUGAACACCGACUCCAUUCCUCAUCCCCCUCCCCUGCGGCCUGGCGGCAGCAGCGAGCAAGCAGGCAGCAAAGAAGAAAUGGCCUUGUUGUUGUGCAUAAUUCAAAAAUCAUUGGGCUACACUGUUCAAGCAUGGACCUACAUGUUGGCCAAAUUGCUGUUGUUAAACAUGGAUGCAGAUUGAAAGAAUGUGAUCUCUACUUUUCAAGGAAACCAUGCUCAACCUGCCUAAAGAUGGUUUUAAAUGCUGGAGUCAAUCGAAUUUCUUACUGGCCUGGUGACCCGGAGAUAAGUUUGGCUAAGGACAAGGAAAUGAAUAACUGCGUUUCAGACGCAAAGUUGGACGCUAAGGCAGUGGAAAGACUCAAGUCCAAUAGUCGAGCUCGUGUUUGCAUCUUGCUUCAACCUCUGGCUUACAACAUGCUUCAAUUUGUCGAAGAAACUUCAAAAAAGUGUGAGUUUUUCCAAAGCAUGAAUGCCAAGGACGAGAACAAUUUUACUGAAUGCAGAAGAAAGAGAUUGCGGGAAUUUGAGAAAUCAUUCUUAAUUAGCGACAGUGACACCCACAAAGAAAUCUUAAAGACUAUUGGCUUAGAGAACGUGUGUGAUGAUGUUCAUUUUAUUAACUUAAGGCACAAAAUGGAAGAGCUUGUUUUUUUGUUAGCAACCAUCGACUGUAGCGUUCCAAUGUCCGGAAUAUUUAAUUGUGAUGAUUUAGAUAGUGCAUCCGAAGAGCACACAAACAAUGAAUUUCAAAAUUUUGCAAGACACUGCAUGGUUCAAGCCAGGCUAUUGGCAUAUCGGACAGAGGAUCAGAAGAUUGGUGUUGGGGCAGUGAUCUGGGCAGAAGGAAAUUCGAAUAAUUGUGAAGGCACAGGAGCAAGGUAUCUGAUUGGAUGUGGUUAUAAUGCCUAUCCAACAGGGUCAGAAUAUGCAGAUUUUCCGCAGAUGGAUGAGAAACAGCAGAAAGAUAGAGAAGCCAGGAAGUUUCGGUACAUUAUACAUGCUGAACAAAAUGCUUUAACUUUCCGAUGUCAGGAUAUUAAAGAGGAUGAAAAGACAAUGAUAUUUGUUACCAAAUGCCCAUGUGAUGAAUGUAUACCCUUAAUAAACAGUGCUGGUAUCAAACAGAUAUAUACAGGUGACCUCGAUGCCGGCAAAGUAAAAGCAGAUAUAUCCUAUCAGAAAUUUUCCGGUUUACAAGGAGUGAAGAAGUUUACAUGGCAGAAAAAUCCAGCCCACAGUAUUUCACCGCCCGGUGUCCAGGCAGUUCACAGGAAACGAAGGCCAACCAAGCUGCCCAUCCUGGAAAACAACAGUGCCCCAAGAAUAUUGAACACAUGCACAAUGAGCACCAACUCAGAAGCAGAGCUACAUUGUGAGUCAUCAGUACAGGCACGCUCUCCAAGUACAGAAGAUCCCCUGUCUCCUAUGGCUAAAGGUGAUUUGAAGAGGCCACUGGUGGCUCCUCACUCUGAAAAUCAAAUGGAGGAGCUAUUAAAUAAGGAACGCAGUGAGCCCGCUUUCAAACGGAGGUUGGUGGAGCAUCAGUCUCUUGUGACUUCAUUGGCUACUGUAAUGAAUGAUGUGGUACGUGGGCUUGAGAAAAUCAGGUCAAGUCUGAAUAUUUCCAUGCCUGAUAUCUACAAUGUACUGGAUCAUAAUUUAACUGCUUUACAGUCCAAUAGAGAGUCAGCAUCAUCUCAGACAGUUUUGGUAGAAAACACAUUUACCCAGGGACCGAGCUGCAUUGGGGCAGCACCUCAGAAUGCCUUCAACGAUGCUAUAUCUGCCAUGGGUUCUAAAGUGCAAGAAAGCCUACAGAUGGGAUUUGAAAGUCUUGGAGAAAAAGUACAGUCAGCCAUAACAAAUGGGUUUGCUGAUUUGGUAAAGGAACAUGCAUCUUCUCACCAUAACCAAUGCAGCCGACAGGGUGUAGCAAUCUUAUCCACCAGUGGGGUCAAUAGCACUUCACAUGAGGCGGGUAUUCAUAACAGUGGCCUGUCCCUUUCAAUAUCCCAACCAAGUCGGCUUUCACCUGGUUCCUUGCUGGAAAGCAUGGGUCCUUCUGUGGAGUCUCGAGUACCUGGAGGCACAAAUCUACACUAAUAAGGAGGGAAGGUAUAAAGACUUCCUUUAUAACUGAGGGAUAAUUAGGACUGUUGGGAAAGUUUUUAAUUAUAUAAUAUGGACAUGGAGCAUUUAGAAUGUAAUUCUGCUAAAGAAAGUGAUUAGAUGACCUCUCAACCAUACUGUGUGGGCAUGAAUCACUUAUCAAUCACAUAUCAAACACAUAUCAAUGAUGUCAGACAAAUAAUAUUUAAAUCAAUGACUAAGCUGAUAUUACAUUUAUUAAUGGUAGAUAAAAAUGCUGGUGGGUGAGGCAGCAUCUAUGGAGCGAAGGUUCUUUUAUAUUACAGUAACUUUCCUAGAAGGUUCUAACAUGACCACUUGCUAUUGCAUCUCUUACCCAUAUUAAAAAUAAAUGCCGGAGGAACUCAGCGAAUCUCAGGCAGCAUCUUUCGAGGCAAAGGGAUGAUAUUGAUAUUUUGGUUCUAGACUACAGGAUCUCGACCCAAAACAUUGACCAUCCCCCUGCUUCAUUAGAUGCUGCCUAACCAGCUGCUUUUGGCAGUUCAUUUUUGUUCCAGAGUACAGCAUCUGCAGUCACUUGUGUCUCCAAACUUUACCAGUUUUUUUGCAGUAGCAAGAUAUGGUAUGUCCUUUUUCCACACACUUUCAUAAUUUGCAGGUCUAAUAGCACAUUCAGACUUUGCAUUUACACUGCCCAUCACUCCAAUGCAUCUUUACCUCUUCAGAACUUCCAAGUGUCAUGGUAGCCUAGUAAAUCUAUGCAGAGUUCCAGAAAAAAAAUAAAAAAUUCUCAGUUUGUUUGAUUCAAAUGAGGAACAGCAGCUUAAUUGACACUUGCGGAUUUUCUCACCUCUAACCAUAUUUAAUUAUGGCUAAAGAAAUUUCUCUGGAGUCUCUACAAUGCUGCCCCUGUACUUCAGUGGUCAGCAAUGGACGUAUUGUGGAUAGAUGGAUUUAGUGUAGUUGAAAGCAACUGUUGAACAUAGAACACAGAAGUGUGCAGCACAGGAACAGACGCAUUGGCCCACAUCAUCCAUGCCGAACACGAUGCCAUUAAACUAAUCUCUUCUGCCUGCACGUGAUGCACAUCCUGUAUUCUCUGCAUAGCCACGUGCCUAUACAAAAGCUUAAAUGCUACGAGUAUAUCUAUCUCACUACUGUAUCUGGCAGCGCGUUCCAGGCACCGACCAGUCUCUAUGUUUAAAAAAAAAUUGCAACACAUAUCUUUAAACGUUUCCUCCUCUCACCUUAAAGCUGCCCUCUAGUCUGACAUUUUUCAUCCUGGGGAAAAAGGUUCUGUAUCUACCUUAGCUGGCACAGACAUGGAUGGACUGAAUGGCUUGUUCCUCUGCUCUCUGACGCUGUGACCCUAUACAAUGCAAUUGAGUAGUCCGGUUGAACAGAUUAGGUUUCUUUUCUCUUGAGAAAAGAAGACUAAAAGGUGACCUAAAGGCCUUGAUAAAAUGAAUGCAGGGUGAAUGUUUCUACACAUGGGGAAGAUUCUACAUUGUAGACAGCCACCAAAACAUUCCAGUGGAGAACUGGGAAGAAAUGUAAUUACCUGAAAACUGAUGAAGAUGUGGGAUUUGCUCUGUAGAAUAGUUGGGUUGAUUAGUAUUGAUGCAUUUAAGAGGGGCGUGGACAGACACGUGACCGAGAACAGAAAAUAUAUUCACACUAUUCGAUGAUCAAAGACAGGAGGAAAUGCAAGUGGUGCAUAAAUGCCAGCAUAUUCAAGUUGGAUUGAAUGACCUGUUUCUGUUGCAUGCCUCUUAUUUAAAAAAGUCUUUUGAUACUGUAUUGUUUCACAAUACGAGUUGAUAAGUGAGUUAAAAACUCUCUCCUCUGCUAUGGGUCCAGAAUAACAUCAAAAGCACCACUCUGAAAAGGUUCCACAGAUCGUAUAUUCAUAAAGGUACGAUUCCUCGUGGUAGAGGCGGUGAAUGUGAAUGUCAGUGAAACUUUGCAAAUCCAGAAGCCUUUUUUUACUCUCAAAAGCUGAGCCUGUAAGUUGAAAUUUAAAAAUUGAAAUAUAAUUUUAUUGUGCAAAGGAAUUGGGUAAUUUGGAACCAAAGCAUUUCGAUGGAGGCAAGGGACAGAUCUAAAUGGAUGGCUGAAUGGGAUUCUGAGAUGAGUGGUUCAAACUAGUUCUAUGAUUCUAAGGUUAUACGAAGUUUCAGUGCAUGAGCUGUUUCUUUGAUUCAUAUCAAAAUGCACAGCAUUUCACUUCAGUCCUUUCCCAUAAAUUGAAUUCCAAGUAGCUAUAUUGCUAGAGAUCAUCAAAUUGAUGUUUUCUUGUAGAGCUGUGGUUUAUCUGUGCUACAUCUGAAUCUGUGCAUUAUUUGUGUUACUUUUGCAGUAAUCUUUUUUGAUCUUUAAUUUCCUUGUGCUCUGUAGCAUAUUAUCCUUUGGUAUGCUUUGUUUUCCACUUCUUUUGUGGACUAUGAUAAAAUACAUCAAAUUGUGCACUUUCUAUAAUAAUGAAUCUUGCAUGAUAUUACACAAUGUGGGAUAAGUGUCAACACAAAGAAAGAUCGAAGACGCAACUUUGUUUCCAAAGAAUGUAAUAAUAUAUCUUAAUAGUAAAACAUGUUAUAUUAAGACAUUGUAAAUAAAUGAAUAAAAUGGAGAGUUUGAAUUAAAACACUUUCAAUGUUUUUCAUUAUACAUGGUGAAAAAAUUGCACUCACAAAAAAGCAACACAAAGUACAUUCAAUUGUUUAUUGUGGACACCAAUAAUUAGUGGUUUAAUUUGCAAAGAAGAUUCAUUAAGCAUCAAUUGUAAAAUCCAUUAAUUGAAAGAGGAAGUCACAAGCAAUAUAAAAACUUGAGUGGUGGAACAACAGUUAUCGGGAAAUAUUUUAUAGACAAUAGACAAUAGGUGCAGGAGCAGGCCAUUUGGCCCUACGAGCCAGCACCGCCAUUCAAUGUGAUCAUAGCUGAUCAUCCCCAAUCAGUACCCCGUUCCUGCCUUCUCCCCAUAUACUCCGCUAUUUUUAAGAGCCCUAUCUAGCUCUCUCUUGAAAGCAUCCAGAGAACCCGCCUCCACCGCCCUCUGUGGCAGAGAAUUCCACAGACUCACCACUCUCUGUGAGAAAAAGUAUUUCCUCGUCUCCGUUCUAAAUGGCUUACUCCUUAUUCUUAAACUGUGGCCCCUGGUUCUGGACUCCCCCAUCAUCGGGAAUGUGUUUCCUGCCUCUAGCAUGUCCAAACCCUUAAUAAUCUUAUAUGUUUCAAGUUCCUCUUAAGUUUCCCGCAAUGUCCUAUGGAUAUAUCUGAUCAGGGCCUGGAGAUUUGUCUACCUUCAAACAUGACAGUACUUUCAGUUCUUCCUCGAUGGUAACCCUGACUACUCUCAUGUCACUUCCAGUGACUGCUCCAAUUUCCUCCAUCCUACUGUCUUUCUCCUCGGUACAUACAGAGGAGAAAUACUCAUUGAGGACCUUGCCCAUCUCCUGUGGCUCCACACAGAAAUGACUGCUUUGAUUCUCUUGAGAGAUCCCCCUCUCUCUCUAGUUACCCUUUCCCCCCUCAUGUAUUUAUAAAAUAUUUUGUGAUUGUCUUUUAUGCUACCCGUCAGAGCUUUCUCCUGGUCCCUUUUUGCCCUUCUGAUCUCCUUU